ACAUUUCGUUAUAGUUCGUAACACGAAUGAUUGUAUCCCACGUAUCGAGUGUUAAAUAUUUUGUAAAAGGGGAUGGGAAUGACUCGAUCAGGGUGUCUUUUAUUUCAGGAAAGGGCGGGGUUAAUGUUAAGUGGACACGCAGUAUGUUCAUUAUAUACGUGUAUAGAUAUUAGAAAAAUAUUCGUCUUUGUUAGCGAUUUUUAAAUGGUAGAUAGCUAGCGCGUUUUAGAAACGGUCUUUUGUUUGUUAUGUUUUGGUUUUGUACAUUAAAACGACUUUUUUUCCCUUUUUUUUCAGUCUAUUAUAUUAAAUCGAUAUUUUCAGUUUCAGUUAAUACUUGCACCUUAAUGAUAGAAACACGUACAUACAAAUGCCAAAUGACCUAACCAAUGACAUUAGCAAAGAGGUAAAAGAUUAUGUCGAUUUCCUUUUUGUUAAACAAUACAUUGACAAAACGACUAGACGAUUUCUAACUCCCCCUAAUCCACCGCGCACAUCACUAUUUUACGGACUACCUAAAAUACAUAAACCUGAGAUCCCACUAAGACCGAUUGUUUCGGGUUGCGACAGCGCCACAGACAACCUAUCAAAAUACGUAACACAUUUCAUCCAACCUUUGGUCACGAAACUUGCAAGAAACCCAAACAUCACCAUAAAACCAGCAGACAAAGGUGGGGGGAUCUGCAUUCUUAACACUACCGAAUACAUAGACAAAGUCCACUUGCACCUUAAUGAUAGAAACACGUACAUACAAAUGCCAAAUGACCUAACCAAUGACAUUAGCAAAGAGGUAAAAGAUUAUGUCGAUUUCCUUUUUGUUAAACAAUACAUUGACAAAACGACUAGACGAUUUCUAACUCCCCCUAAUCCACCGCGCACAUCACUAUUUUACGGACUACCUAAAAUACAUAAACCUGAGAUCCCACUAAGACCGAUUGUUUCGGGUUGCGACAGCGCCACAGACAACCUAUCAAAAUACGUAACACAUUUCAUCCAACCUUUGGUCACGAAACUACCGUCCUACAUUAAAGACACAAAACACUUUCUCAGAGGAUUGCGGGAGCUCCCACCUAUGCCCGAAAAUGCUUUUCUUGUAACAGCAGACGUUGCGGCUCUAUACACAAACAUCCCCCAUGAUGAAGGAAUUAAAGCAGUACUCGAUUUUAUAAAACAAUUUAGAAAUGAAAUGCCUAAAUAUACCCCACCAAAUCAUGUCUUUCACACGCUGCUGCAUCUCAUUCUUAAAAACAGUUUUUUCAAAUUUAUGACAUCAUUUUAUCACCAAAUUAAAGGAACGUCCAUGGGUACAAGAAUGGCCCCACCUUACGCAAAUCUAUUUAUGGCAGUACUUGAAGGCCUAAUCAUAGCUGAUUUUCCCGGUUUUAUUGAAUUCUGGAAGCGCUUUAUAGAUGACAUUUUUUUCAUAUUUACGGGAACUGAACUACAAUUAAAAAAAUUAUUCACACACAUGAACAAAAUUCACCCUUCCAUAAAAUUUACUUUUGAGUAUUCAAAAUCAGAUAUUCCCUUUCUUGACACACGCAUAUAUAUUGACCAGUCUCGCAAAUUACAAACAACCCUAUUCCGCAAACCUACUGAUAGAAUGAUGCUUUUACACUACUCCUCUGAACACCCUCAUCAUGUUAAGGCUAGCAUCGUAUAUACCCAGGCAUUGAGAUAUUGCACAAUCAUAUCCAAUGACCAAAAUUUAGAAAAGGAAUUAUAUACUCUUGCACGCACAUUCCUGGCUAGAGGAUACCCCCUAAAUCUCUUAAUUGAUAAAUUUUCAAAGGCUCUGAAUUUUUUGAGAAAUGAACUCCUCGAACCCGUCAUGCACACACACGUAGAAGAAAUCACACCACUCAUAACUCCAUUUUCCCCUGUUGGUAUGGCGCAAAGUAGAAUUAUUCACAAACAUUGGUCAGUUAUCGAAAAAAAUGAGACUUUAAAAUCGAUCUGGCCGUCCCGCCCCUUAACUGCAUACACACGGGGCAAAAGCCUAAGAGACACUUUGGUUAAAUCGGCUCAAAAACCUUUGUAAUUAUAUAAAAAUAAUUUUUUUUCUGUCUACAUAUAUAUAUUUUAGGUAAAACAUUAUUGUGGUUUUCUU